CUAGUGUCUUUUGUGCACUUUUGUGUACUUUUGAAUAAAGGCAGAAAUACGUUGAUUUACAGGUGGCAACAUGAUGCGGCUCACUUAGAGUGCUUUUAACGUAGACAGACUCCGUGAAGGCAGCUCCUCCGCAAAUCGUUUCUAAACCUUUUGGUUUUCAUCGACACUCAUGGCCCUGUAACCAAGAAGGAACAGCACAGAGGCUUGCUUGAUUUCUGAGAUAUGGAAACCAAAUCAGAAAACCACAGCAGAGAUUACGAAAUCAAACAAAAUUUCAUUCUAGGCGUUUGCACGAUCGUCUAUGCAUUUGUGACUGUAUUGAUAAACUCCAUAGCCGCCUAUUAUUUGCUUGUAUUUAAAAAAGUGUCAUUCAGCAGAAAGAAGUAUAAUGAUUUACUAAUGGGCCUUCAGGCACUCAUGGGAAUUCUUUUGGCGCUUACCGGGUACACUUGGACAGCGGUUGCUUAUCUGACAGGUGAAUGGCCUGCGGGGAAAGUCGGUUGUUCAGUGAGCACGUUAUGUUUGCUGUUCUUCGGGACAAUGACAGUUAUGAUAACAUUGGUUAUGUCUGCGGAAAGAUUUAUCGCCAUGUGUUUUCCUUUCUACUACGAGCAACUCAUAGAAUUUCGCAAAAUUGUAUCAGCAACUGUGUACAUCUUCCUACACGCAGGCGCACUAGCGAGUCUCCCCGUUAUAUUAAAAACAGUCGAACUCACAAAGCAACCAGUACCCAUUUGUUUGUACUCGCUUUAUUCACAAAGUUUACGAGAAGAAGUCGUAGUACAUGCGUUUGUCUGCAAUUUUUCACUCUGUAUUCUUCUGAUGCUCAUCAUGAACCUGUCAGUGUUAAGAGCUUUGAAGAAAAUGGACCGGUCAGUUGGAGUGGAGAUCAGGGCUCAGUUUGGCGCAGAGAAGGAAUCCAUCAUCCUGUCCAAUCUGACAGGUCUCAUGGCUCUUUUUUAUUCUCUCUGUUGGCUGCCCAUUGUGAUUCGAGUGGUGCUCAUUUAUCAUGUAAAUUGGCGCAGCACGUAUUUUGAUCUAUUGGCGUUUGCGUUGUCCACAAUUGACCCGUUUGUGCAUCCAGUCACGUGUAUACUGGUGAGCCAGCGAUACCGAGCAGGUUACAAGGCUGCUUUGAAACAUAUCAUUUCCAUAUUAGGAAGUCGGACAAAGAACCGAAACGGCGAGUCGAAAGUGCAGGAAUUUCCUGUCCCUGAAGCUUUUCGAAAGUCAACAGUGCUGAGAAAAACAACAGGAAACGGAGAAUUUGACGAAUUCAAUGUUAGUAGUCCAUUGUAAGGCUUGGUAAAUGCCACAGAUUUACUAUCUUAGUGUUGGUGGUUAAUGUUCGUCGAAAUAAAUUGAAAGCCAAAGUAAAGAACUCCACGCAGAAAUUUCACAGUGUGAAAAAGAGCAAUGAAUACCACACAAUGUAAAGCAUUCCGAACCGCACGUCUUAGUAAAAUUCAGGAAAUGUCACUCGACUGAUGUGUGGUGUUUUAUCGCCUUUGUGUGCCAUUCUCGAGAGUGGGCUGACUCUAGAGCGCUAUUCAACUGUGCGUCCAUAAAACAAAUCUUACGUAAAGUUUGACAUAAAUUAAAAUUCUGAGUCCCCUUAAGAAUCGUACCUGAGACCGUCCACUUUCAGCCAAUAAGAACUAAGAAAUAUUUCUAAAGUAACCAAUUAGAACUCAAAGUAGAAACAUGUGAACUGCCCUGCGCGCGUGAAAACGCGGAUUACCAAUUCGCGACCGGCGUUAGUUUUACAACGUAGACCUGAAGGUUAAGAGGAUGGCCUGAGUUUUCUGAACCAAUCACAGCGCAAUAAAAGGGAUGAACCAAUCACAGAAGACAAAAGGAAUCCC